AUGGAACUUAGGAUGGAGAACAUCGGGAAUCUACACACGCUUUCACGUUCUCAUCAAACAGACGAUCUGAUGAACUCUCCUCACGCGCACCGGAACCUGGUACACUGCCGAUCAUCCAGCAUGGUAUCCAGCAUGGCCUCGAUACUGGACGGGGCUGGGGAAUAUCGCAGCGAGCACUCGCUGUCCGCUCCUAUGACUAUGUCCUGCGAUUCUGGCAUGAGCAUCAGCAGCAUGUACACGACCCUCUCCCCGCUGCAGCACCUGCCUGCGAUCUCCGAAAAAUUCGCGCAUCACCAUCACGCGCACCCGCACCAUGCGCAUCAUUCUCAUCCUCAUCACCCCGCGCACCAGCGCCUGACUGCUGGGAACGUCAGUGGCAGCUUCACGCUAAUGCGCGAGGACCGUGGCUUGGCCUCCAUGGGCAACCUCUACGCGCAUUAUCCCAAAGAUAUUUCCUGCAUGGCGCAGCCGCUAUCCAACGGCUUGGGUACGUUGCACAACGCGCAGCAGCCUCUUGGCGCAUAUGGCCCCGGAGCUCACCUCCCAAACGACAAGAUGAUCUCGUCAGGAGGCUUCGAGACUCACACGGCGAUGCUAGGUCGGAGUGAUUUCGGGGGCCACGGUAGCGGACUCAUGUCCAACCUGAAUGGCCUGCACCACCCAGGUCACUCGCAGUUGCAUGCCGGUGGAUGUGUGUUGUCGGACCGCGACAGGGGCACCGAGGCAGGAGGAUCCAGCCAAGCAGAGGAGAUCAACACCAAAGAGGUGGCACAGAGAAUAACAGCCGAACUGAAAAGGUACAGCAUUCCGCAGGCUAUCUUCGCUCAGCGGAUACUGUCUCGGUCACAGGGCACACUGUCUGAUCUCCUGCGAAAUCCUAAACCGUGGAGUAAACUAAAAUCAGGACGGGAGACCUUCAGGAGGAUGUGGAAGUGGCUGCAGGAGCCCGAGUUCCAGCGCAUGUCGGCCCUAAGACUCGCAGCUUGUAAACGAAAAGAGCAAGAUCCGCUAAAGGAGCGCAGCACACUUCCUAAAAAGCAACGUCUUGUGUUUACUGACCUGCAGCGACGCACACUUAUUGCCAUCUUCAAGGAAAAUAGGCGGCCAAGCAAAGAAAUGCAGCUGACCAUUGCACAUCAGCUGGGCCUUGAGCUUACCACAGUGAGCAACUUCUUCAUGAAUGCCCGGCGUCGGUGUAUUAACCAUUUGCAUGACGAGCACCAGCAACUCCAUGAAAGCAGCCCGGGGCAGUCUGUCACCUCCACUGUCAAUUUCUCCAAAGCCUGA